AUUGUCAAACUUCAAAUUGAACACUAAAUGAGAAAAAUCCAAAAAAUAUGAAUUCAAUUAAAAUCAGUGCGAUUUGCUCGCGCUGCACUAAUUAUUUGCUACCAAAACAGAUUGCCGGAAUUAGUGACCUUAACAAUCAUCUUAAUGUGAACUUGUGUAGAAGGUUUACAACUCCGUCUGGUAUACCAGGAUCUGGAGCAGGAAAGGGCGGAGGCAGCGGUGGAUCUGUCAGGGAAUCCGGCGGAGGCCUCGGCAAAUACGGAGCAGCCCAAGAAGAUAGUUACUUUUACGACAAACAGAAGGAGCAACUGGAAAAAAUCAGAAAGAAAUUGAAACUGAACCCUGAAAUAUCCCAGAAAGAAGACAAAUAAGCUGAGAAAUUGAGACAAAAACACACAAAAAUAAACAUAUUUCAAUACAUAUGCUUUCAAUAAAUUAAACGGCUUAA